CAAUUGGAGAUACAUUUUAACGUAAAGACGCGUGCGAUUACGGCACGGAAAUGCCACUUAAAUUUCUUAAGAAAUGCCGUCAGUACAAUGUAACUUCAAAAAGCCUAUUUGUAAUAUCCGUGCACCAUUUGCUAGACUCUUCCACCACUGUUGACUGCACCAUCAGCUCGGAGAGCAAGGGUCAGGAAUGCUUGGAUAAUGUAUGCCAGCGCCUGCUCAUACAACAACCCGAGUUCUUUGGCCUGCGCUAUCUCGUAAAGGGCAAGGAGGACGAGUUCAAAUGGAUUGACUUGGAGCGUUCACUCAGCCGCCAGCUGGAGAAGUAUGCUGCCGGACCUAAGAUCUAUUUACGGGUGCGGCACUACGUGACGACGGGCGUGCGUCAUUUAAGCGAUGAGGCCACACGCUUCUACUACUUUCUGCAGCUGAAGAGCGAUAUCUAUGAGGGGCGCAUUGCCUGCGAUAUACGCACAGCCAUUUUGCUGGCGCUCUAUUGCCGACAGGCCGAAUACGACAGCUAUCAGGGGGAUAAGCAGACCAAGGAGUAUUUGAAAAAGUCGUUGGUGCUGCCGCGCAACAUGCAGGGACUGGCCAAUGACGACAGCAUGGACGGCCUAGUCCUGGAGGUGUUGCAACAGCAUGCAGGCAUUGCGCAUCUAACCCAGAGCCAGGCCGAGGAGCUGUAUAUACAGUGCUGCCAGCAGCUGGAGGGCUAUGGCGAGGAGCGCUUCUCGGCCAAGGACACGCUGGGCAACGAUCUGUGGCUUGGCCUGGCCAUCAAUGGCAUGGUGGUGACGGCGGACAAUGGACGACAAUACUUUCCCUGGCGCGACUUCCACACAGUGACCAUCGAUAAGCGCACCAUCAAGAUAGAGCAAAACAAGCCCGAAGGCGAUGGCAGCAUCGUGGGCAGUUUCAUCUUCAGCGAGGCGGAUACGGCGCGCUAUUUCUGGAAGCUAUGCAUAACGCAGCAUAAAUUCUACAAGCGCCACAUAGACACUGCCACGCUGGGCGGAGCAGCGGGUUCGACGGCGGCUGCAUCCAGUGUGGGCAGCGGCGUGGACUUGGAGAGCGCCAAUGGCAUACAAUUGGGCGGCGACAGUGUGGGUUAUGUAGACUAUGAUUAUGGCGAGGCGGCUGCUGUGGCAGCAGCGGCGGCAGCAGCAGAACAACAACAGCUGCAGCAACACCAACACCAGCAGCAUCAGCAACAGCAACAACAACAUGUACGUCUGUUGCAAUCACGCGAGGAUUAUAUGUCGGCGCCGCAGUUGCCUUGCAAUGCGCUCAUGUCCUCGAACAUCUCACUUGCGGCCAGCCAGCAGCUGGGCAGCGACUAUGCACCACAGCUGCUCUCGCACAGCAUGCUGGACACUCGUUUGGGCCUGGGGCAGAGCAGCUCCUGCCUCGACUUGAGCAACAAUAACUUGCACAGCAGCAGCACCAGCAUGCACAACAACAACAAUAAUAAUAACAACAGCGACGAGCGGGAACGCUUGAAAGCCAUGCUGCCCACCUAUCGCCCAGCGCCUGACUAUGAGACGGCAGUGCAAUUGAAAUAUCGCACCCCUUCUGCCGAACUGCAUCAUUUGAAUGCGAAUGUGGCGCCGCAUUAUGCGGCAGCAACCCCAGCAGCGAGCCUGGCUCUGCCCACCGCAUACUAUGCCGGCUCGCAGCCGGAUGUGCACAAUCCCAGCGUUUAUGGGGAGAACGUGCUCUUCGGCCAUUUGACGGCGCAUCGCUAUCCGGAUGUGGCACAGCCUGCCGCAGCCUUGCAUGCGCAUGCCCAUCAGCUCAAUCUCUACCAGGCGCAGCAGCAACACCAGCAGCAACAACAACAUCCAGCCGCUUAUCUGGAGCUCAACCAACGCAUGCACAUGAUGCGCCACAAGGCGCCGCCGCCAUAUCCCGUUAAUCGGUUAAGUUCCUCCUCAACUCCCGAUCUGGCUGUGGCCACGCCCCGUCCGCUGCAGGGAUAUCGCAAUUAUGUGUCGGGCUCAUCACCCGAUUUAGUUUCCAAUCGCAAUCUGCUCAAUGGCGGUCAGUAUUUGCACGUCGCUAGCGGCGUCCACGGAGGCAAUGUUCCCACUUCUUCGGGUGCCACCAUGUUGCACCAAUAUCCAUACAUUGGACAUAUGGGACAGUCACAACCAUAUCUGCCACCGCACGGCACUUUCGAGAACCUCAACAUGAUCGAGGAACAGCCAUCCAUUAUGUCCCAGCUCCGACAGUCGGCGAUGAGUCAAGCGGCAGUCGCAGCCAACAGUCAGGGCUACGAGACGCAUGCGCAGCACUCACCCACAUUGCCGCCCAGCGGCUAUCGGGGUUCGGCCAGCAGUCAACAGUUGGCGGUGCCACCGCCAGCGAGCAGUCCACAGCCAGCAGCACAGCUUCAACCGACGCCAUCUGCGCAGCAACAGCAGCACCCGCACCAGCAACAACCCACGCCACUUCAACGCAAUGCCAUCAACGGCUCCAUUGAGCCCAUCUAUGAGAACGUGCCACUACCACACUAUGCCCCCGGCAGCGGGGUUGCCUCGCAACGCAACAGCAUGCAGCGGGGAUCGGGCGGCAGUCAACGUGCCGGAUCCGCACAAGGUAUUGCGUUGCCUGUGCCCGCGGCUCGACAAGUCAGUAAUGCCAACAAUGUGGUGAAGCUGGCCAUCAACUCGCAACCUCCACCGCCCCAGCCGGAUGAAAUGAAAAAGUUUAUGGGUGAGCGUGCGGCGAGCACCGAGCUGCAAUUUCUUGAGCCUCAGGCGCCGCAGCGUGCAAUGCGUGCGGCAUCGGCAGCUCCAGCCAUUGGAGCAACACCGCCACCCCGUCAGCAUCGGCCCAGUGCGAGCCUCAGCAAGUCAACGACAACAAAUUCCGUGGAUGUCAUUUCGCCUGCGGGCGCCACAACGCUAGCGCGUCAUGCUUCCGCCUCCCACGAUGAUGUGCUGCAUCAGCAGUUCAGUGCCAUGAAUCUUUCUGCCUCCGCGACGUCUUCCAUGUUGAACUCUACGCUGGAUAGCAAUAGCAGCAGCAUGCUAAACACCACUUCCUCCUCUGUGGCCAGCAAAGAGGUGAAGCGCAAGAAGCGUUGGAAUAUAUUGUCGCGCAGCAAGACGCCGGAUAAACAAAAAUCGGCAACGUUGGGUCGCGAAAAGGCGAGCAGUAGCAAUAGUGCCGCCCAGCAGGCCAAACUGGCCACCAAAUUGAAACUGGCUCAGGACGAUCUCAAUUUGCCGCAUCGUUGGUCCACGGGUGUGACCAAACCACAGCCCAUUUCGGGACAAUAUUCCAAGGAUAAGCUGUGCCAAAUACUCAAUGAAAAACUUCAGGAUGCCCAACUCUUUAUGGAGUUCGAACGCAUACCCAAGCGUCGCGAGCAUGCGCAAUACAAUUGUGCCCUAUUGGAGGAGAACGAGCCGAAGAACUUCGAUCCCAACUUUUUGCCAUACGAUGACAAUCGCGUGCGCCUCACGCCAUCCAUGGACAAUAGGCAUGGCUAUGUGAAUGCCUCAUAUAUAUCCGCGACUGUGGGCACCAAACAGCGAUUCUAUAUUGUUGCCCAGUCCCCGCACGAGGCCCAGACAAUGCGCAUCUUUUGGCAAUGCGUUUGGGAGGCGGAUGUCUAUUUGGUGGUGCAAUUGACUGAGGACAUGAGUUAUAUACCGCCGAGUAGUCAGCAGCACAUGGAGUUUGGACAGUUUCAGGUGUACCAGGAGUUCUCGCAGACCACCGAUCGUUGUACCACCAGUAAGCUACGACUGUAUCAUGCGCCCUCGCGGCGCUAUCGCUCCGUUUGGCAUUUGCAGUACGCCGAUUGGGCCGAGCAGAAUUGCCCCCGGGAUGUUAAUCAUUUCCUAGACUUCCUGGAGGAGCUGAACUCGGUGCGUCUGGCCUCGAUACAGGAGGUGCCGCCGGGUCAUAAUACCAAUCCGCCAGUGCUCAUACAUUGUCUGGAGGGUGGCGGGCGAUCUGGCGUGACCUUGACCGCGGAUCUAUUGCUCUACACUCUGGACCACAAUGAGGACUUGGACAUACCGCGAGUCAUUGGUCAGCUGCGACAUCAAAGAGACAGCAUCAUACCCUCACUUGCGCAAUAUAAGUUCAUCUAUAAUCUGCUCAUUACAUAUCUGAAGCGUACGAGAUUGAUUUGAGCCAGACCUUGGCAAUUGGCAACGAAUACAGCGAGUGUAUUACUUAAAGAUUUUAUUAGGCUUUGCGAAAAUAACGAACAACAAACAAAUGUAUUUUUUAAAUUGAGUAUUGGUUUCACCAUGACUGUUUUUUAAUAGGCAGCUUUUAGACCGUUUUUAUAGACCCUUAAGUGUGUUCUUUAUAAAUAGGAAGUACCGUUUUGUGGUCAUAUUAAUUAAGCCAUCGCGUCCAUAAUUUGUUAACUAAACCGUGCGCUAACAAUUGUUAAGCCAUUCGUAAGAGAAUGUUGAUUCACAAACCAACAAACAAACAAAUUUGUUAACAUAAAAUAUCAAAUUCAUAGAGCUUAGGUUAAAAGCCAAAUUAUUUAUACACACACAUACAUAUCUAAUUAUAAGAAGAAACGAUAUUUACAUUUUCAAACGAAAAGCAAUAAAAGAAACCAUCAUUUUUGUACUAACUGUUAUAACAUUAA